GUGGGGCGCGGGGCAGUCGCCCCGAUUCGCUGCUGUACCCCCGAGGGACCGGCUCUGGCGACUGGACGUGAAACCCAGGGGGCUUGGGACCGAGAGGACCUGGGGCCUUGGGGAACCAUGGACACACGUAGAGCGCCCCCCCCCAGCCCGCAUGGAGCGGCACUUUGAAGACCCCUCAGCGGGACCCCCUUGGGAGGGGGGCCCGUGGGACGGGGGCCCCGAGGGGCUCUGGGGGACCCCGGGGCACGAUGAGGAGGGCGAGGAUGAGGCGGUGGUGCUCAGCGCGCACCUGGAGAGGGUCAACUCCCGAUUCUCAGAGCUCCAGGAGGGGGUGCGAGAGGCGGCGUUGGGGACUCGUCGUGCCGAGGAGGCUCGGGACCGCGCUCGCUCCUCGCUCGCAGCGAGCAAGGAGCGAGCGCUCCGAGCGGUGGCGCAGCGGUGGGGAGAGCUCGGGGAGAAGGUCGAGGAGGAGCACGCCCGGGUCCAGCGGGCCCUGCAGGAGGAGAUGGCGCGUCUGUCCCUCGCGCUGGAGUCUCUGCAAGUGAGCUCCGUGCCUGCCUCUCGACACGGAGCAGCCGGGAUCCCCUCGGAGCCGGAGAGCCCCCCAGCGGGGUCCCCGGGGUCCCGGGGGUCCGGGGGGUCCCGGCCCCACGCCGAGACCCUAGACUGGAGCCACCUGGACAUGGGUCCCCUCCUCGAAGCGAUCGCCGCGUUUGGGCCCAGCGCGCUGGAGGAGAGGGGUCGUCCCGCGAUGAGGGGGCCGCUGAAGACCCCCAGAGCGCCCCCGGAGGGGACCCCCCGCAUCGGGCCCCCCCCUCCCCGCGGAAGGCCGGGGCCUGCCCCGUCCCACUCGACCCCCAAGAAGGCCGCCGCGUCACCGAGGGGGGCUCGCAGCCUCCCCAGGAGCGGGGCUCGGGACCCCUCCCGGGACCCCCCUCGGGACCCCCCUCGGGACCCCCCUCGGGACCCCCCCCGGGACCCCUCUCCGUGCACGCGGGCGCCCAAGUCCCCGCGGCCGAGGGCCCUGACCCCAGCGGGCCGAGUCCGGGUCGCGGGGACGACUCCGCACGCGGCGGCGAGGAGGGAUCGAGACGACCACCACCACCAGCACAACCAGCACCACCAGCACCACCAGCACAACCAGCAACAGCAGCAGCAGCAACAGCAGCAGCAGCAACAGCAGCAGCGGGAUGAGGAGGAGGCAGAUGAGGAUGGACUCCUCUUCCAGUUUGGCAGCCAGGGUCGAGGCAUGGGGGAGUUCAUGAACCUGCAGGGGGUCGCCGUGACCCCCUCUGGCAGGAUCGUCACGGCCGACAGCGGCAAGCACGCCGUGCAGGUCUUCCUCAGCACGGGCGAGUUCCUCACCCAGUUCGGGGUCAGGGGUCGCGACCCGGGCCAGUUGGUCCACCCCUCGGGGGUGGCGGUGCGAGCCAACGGGGACCUGCUCGUCGCCGACCCCGAGACCAGGUCCAUCAACGUCUACGCACCCGACGGCCGCCACCGGUUGCAGCUGGGCGUGGGCCUGCUUCAGGCCCCACGCGGCAUCUGCACCACCGACUCGGGCCUGGCGCUGGUGGCCGACAACAAAGCCUGCGCCGUGGUGGCACUGACGGCCGCCGGGAGGGUGCACGCCAAGUUCGGGGGUCGCGCCGCAGACCUGGGCCGCCUCCGGGGGCCGAACUACGUGGCGCUCAACAGCAAGGGCGACGUCAUCGUUUCCGACUUCCUCGACCAUUCCGUGAAGGUGUUCUCUGGGGGGGAGUUUCUGUUCCAGUUUGGGGGCUUCGGGAGUGCGGAGGGGCAGCUGCACGGGCCCACGGGCGUCGCCGUCGACCCGGCAGACAACAUCCUCGUGGCCGACUGGGGCAACGCCCGCAUACAGGUGUUUAACUGCGUGGGGGCCUUCAAGGGAGUGCUGGCCCCCUCUGUGCACCCCCUCAGCUGCCCCCAGGGCCUGGCGCUCAGCCCUGAGGGCACGAGGCUCGUGGUGGCAGACACGGGCAACCACUGCUGUAAAGUCUACAGCUACCACCAGCACUGAGGGCUCACGCACCACUGCUCGCCACCACGGAGUACUCACCACCACUCACCACCACUCGCCACCACUCACCACCGCUCACCACCACUCGCCACCACUCGCCACCACUCACCAUUCGCCACCACUCGCCACCACUCACCACCACUCACCACUCGCCACCACUCACCACCACUCACCACCACUCACCACCACUCACCACCACACGUGAUAACCUCACAAGAACGUCUUUUGCCGUCCGGCACUCGGCAAUGAAGACAUUCGCAAAAAAAAUAGCCACGAGGAUGGUGACGUUGCCGCGUGGUGACGUCACUGCGCUGUGACGUCACGGUAUUGUGACGUCACGGCCAUCAGUCAGCAACGACACACGGGGCUCCCGUGGGACCGCUGCCAAUCGCCGGCCGUGUGUGCGGACGCGACGCAGGCAGCGUUGACUGCUGAUCGCGUCACGUGGGACGUGUUUGUUUGACAAUCAUCAGGCGCGUGCGGCGUGCAACGAGUUCGUUUUGCAUGGGGAGGGGUAAAUUGGUGAAGGCGGUGGUGGGUGGCGCGGACGGACCGGAGUUUGGGGAAACCUUCGCCACAGCCGCUCGCGAUGAGUUACAAUUACGAAUUGUUUUCGUAUGUUUCAUAAUAAAGGUUUUUGGGGUGAGAUUGCGUUAUUUAUAAAUGUGUCGCACCCCUCCACCACCCGACACGGCCAAUCAGUAAAAAAAGUGUCGCGUUGACAAAAGACAAAAUAGUUCACAGCUUUAGCCCACCGGUGUGUUGAAGAGUGGAUCCACAACAUUUACAAUGUUUUUUUAGUACUGUGACGUUUCGCUGGUAAUUACAUCCAGCAUCAUCGGGCAAUUUGCCAGAAUAGCGACACAUUUUUUAUUGAUUGGCCAUGUCGGGUGGUGGAGGGUUGCGACACAUUUAUAAAUAACGCGAUCUAACCCAAAAAACUUCACUAUGGAUAAUAUUGGUCGCGAAAGCCUAUGUGUUAAACUGUGUUCGUAUUUUAUACAUUUUAAUUCAAUAUCAGACACUCCUCACUUUGUGCACUCGAUG